AUGGCGGUGGCUGCCUACGGUGGACGCCGCUCGGUGGCGGCAAAGCCUCGACACUCGCACGCCAGUAACACUGGCCCAAAGCUCUCCCAACAGCUGCAGCCCCACAAGGGACCAAAGCGCAAGCCGCCGCAUCGAGCUGGAGGGCUCACCGCCCAUCCACGCGCGCGCUUUCCGACGAACUUCCCGCAGCGUGUCGCGGACGGGUCGGAGCACAACGCACAGAUCCUCACCGUCGAUAGGGACGCUCCUCCGCCCGGCCUAGAUGAGAACCUUCCUGGCCCAAACUGCGCCACUGCGGCGCUGCCGCACGCGGAGAUGGCGACAGAGAGGGCAAAGCGCCAGCAGCGCCCAUCGUCGCGCCAGCAGCGCUCGCCGCCGAUCCCGAUCGCUUGGAGGCCAGCCUCCUCCGCCGGCGCUUCGGCAGCCUCCGCAGCGGCGGUGCCCGACGGGAUCGCCUCUGCCCUGUCCGAGCUCGCCUCGCUGCAGAGGCUCGCAAAGGACCCGCUCGACGAGGCGCGGUACGCUCGGCCGCAGACGGCGGCAGGUGCCAUCGGCGGCUCGCCCGGGGCAGCGGGCCUCGCGCCGGGCACAGCAGUGUCAAGAGCGGCGGACGAGGAGGAGGAGAGCGCCGACAAGCUGCGCGUGCGGCUGAGCGCCGCCGAGGCUGUGAUGAGGAAGCUGCACCGCCGCAACUCGCAGCUGGAGGAGAGUGCAAAGGAGUCGGCCGCUCGGCCUCAGACCGCGGCCGCGGUGCCAGGCGAAGAGGACACCGGCGCGCAGCUGCUCGCCGGGGCCGACGAGCAGGCCCUCUUCUUGCUGCAGCAGAAGGAGGCGGACCUGCAGCAGAUGCGAGACUACACCGCCCAGCUGAGCGAGCAGCUCCGCUCCGCAGAGGCGCAGCAGCAGCAGGGGCGACCGGCGGCAGCAACCGCCUCCGCGACGGACAGCGGCGAGUACCGCGACCGCUACAUGCGCAUGAGGUCCGACUACCGCUCCCUCCUCCGCUCUCGCGUCGGCUCGCUCAAGCGGACGACGGUGCAGCAGCAGCAACGGGAGCAGAGCGAGCUGCUGGGGAAGCUGGACGCGGCGCUGCAGGAGGAGGCGGAGUUGCACCGUCGAGAGUCGCAGCGGCUCAACGAGGAGCUCUAUCUCCGCGAGAAGCAGUCGUGUGAUUGGCACGUGGAGCGGCGGAUCCUCGAGAGCCGGCUUGCCGAGAUGGACAAGUCACUGCGGAUGCGCGACGAGAUUGACGGCGCGAUCGAGAGCAAGAUGAGCGCCCUCUUUGCGCGUCUGCAGUCGCUAGAGUCGCAGAACAUACAGCUCGAGCAGGCGAACGAGCAGCUAAAGACGCAAGUAUCUGGGGGAGGCAGCGGCGACGGGGGCGGCCCGCCGGUGUGA